AUCGGAUUUGAAAGUUGUAUUCGUAUCUAAUCAGUGAAAAUAAAAUACAAUGCAUUGCAAAGUUGUUUUCGCUGUGUGCCUACUUGCAGUUUUGGUCCUGACUGAGGCCCAAAAAUCUCGUUGCCCGUGUCCUAAAAUCUCUGAGCCUGUCUGCGGAUCCGACAACAUCACCUACCCUCACUUAUGCUUUCUCAUAUGUAAAGCCUGGCAUGAAAAUGUUAAUUUUGUCAAGAAAGGAAGAUGCUAGUAAUCAAAAGUAUACUUUUU